AUGGAGGAGAGGGAGGCAGGGAGCAGGCUUGGUGCUGCUUUCACACUGAAGGGCCCCACGGUGAUGCCUCUAGAGCACUUUUUCCUCAGUGGCUUUGGGUGUGCCUUUGACGGGAUCACGAACUCUGGGCUAGAGGUCCAGCAAGCAGUGCCCCAUGCACCCAGGAAUGGCUGUUCCUUGGGGACAUCCUCUCUGCGUGGCUCAGAUACCACUGCUGCUGACUUGCCUUCUUUGCUCUUCCUUCCCCAGUCCUCAGUAUGCUCCAAGAUCGUCCAGCUGCUGGGCCAGAACGAGGUGGACUACCGCCAGAAGCAGGUGGUGAUCGUGAGCCAAGACAGCUUCUACCGGGUCCUCACCUCAGAGCAGAAAUCCAAAGCGCUCAAAGGGCAGUUCAAUUUUGACCACCCAGAUGCCUUUGACAACGAGCUGAUCGUGAAAACGCUCAAAGAGAUCACAGAAGGGAAGACAGUCCAGAUUCCCGUCUAUGACUUUGUCUCCCACUCCAGGAAAGAGGAGACUGUGACCGUCUACCCUGCCGACGUGGUGCUCUUCGAGGGCAUCCUGGCCUUCUACAGCCAGGAGGUGCGGGAUCUCUUCCGCAUGAAGCUCUUUGUGGACACAGACGCAGACACCCGGCUGUCCCGCAGAGUGCUACGAGACAUCAGCGAGCGAGGCAGGGACCUCGAGCAGAUCUUAUCUCAGUACAUCACCUUCGUCAAGCCUGCCUUCGAGGAGUUCUGUUUGCCAACCAAGAAGUAUGCUGACGUGAUCAUUCCCAGAGGAGCAGACAAUGAAGUGGCCAUAAACCUGAUAGUGCAGCACAUCCAGGACAUUCUUAACGGAGGACUCAGCAAACGCCAGAGCAACGGCUACCUGAACGGCUACACUCCUCCCCGCCAGCGGCAGCCCUCAGAGUCCAGCAAGGCUAAAUGCAACCCAAGCCACGGAGAGCAGCCACAGGGUUUGGAAGGCCCUGCAAAGCUGCCAGGUCGUGUCCACCUGGGCAAGGCAGUCCCAAAGCUGGCCCAGAGGGUAGGGCAGGUCAGAGGCCGUGCUCUUGGUGACAACGGGCGGUUCAUUCAGGUCUUUGGGAACAAUGUCCAUCCUGAACCUGACCCAUCUCUGGGGGCUGCGAAGGCCAAUGAUGCUGUUCCAGUUGGGGGCCAUGCUCUCGGUGACCAUGGGUGGUUCCUUCAGGUCUUUGGGAACCAUGUGCAAACUGGCCGGUGGCUCCUUCAGGUGUUCAGGAAGGUCUUUUAUCCUGACUAUGAUGCAGCAAAGGCCAAGGUGACUGGGGAAGACAGACGCCAAGCAGAGAGCUACCUUGAGGGAGAGAACCAGGCUGAGCCUCAUCGCAGUCUCUCUGGAGGCUAUGGGUCUCAGCACGCGCAGGCCACUGUACCCCAGGUUCAGCCGGGCAAGGGGUUGGUGCCUGCCUGA